GCUGCCACCAAGGCCAUGAUGAGAGUCAACGGGGACGAAGACAGUGUUGCUGCCCUGAGCUUUCUCUACGACUACUACAUGGGCCCAAAGGAAAAACGGAUCCUCUCCUCAAGUACGGGAACAAGAAAUGACCUAGGAAAGAGGUACCACCAUGGGAUGGAAUAUGAAGUAGACUUUCCCCCCCUGGAGAGCCCCACUCAUCUCAUGAAGUUCUUGACUGAAAAUGUCUCGGGGUCCCAGGAGUACCCAGACCUAACCAAGAAGAACAAUCUGAUGAGCUUGGAGGGGUCAGUCUCAACCAAGCCAGCCCUCCUCCCUCCUGGCCCCAGCAAGCUGGAGGACAGCCCUGCAGAUGGCAGCUACUUGCUUCCUACUGGAGACAUGUAUGACAGCAGCCUCAGCAACCUGUUUGAGACUAUCCACGGGCCCCCACCCCAGCAGCGCUGGCAGCCCGACAGCACCUUUAAGGAUGAUGGGCAAGAGUCAUUACUCUUUCCUGAUAUCUUGAAAAGUCCUUCAGAGCCCCAAUGUCCAGAGGAUUACCCUGGCACUAAGAGUGACUUUGAAUAUACCCUGGGCUCUCCCAAAGCCAUCCACAUCAAAUCUGGGGAGUCACCAAUGGCCUAUCUCAACAAAGGCCAGUUCUACCCAGUCACCCUGAGGACUCCUGGAGGAGGCAGAUGCCUGCAUUUGUCUUCCAACAAAGUGAAGAGCAUGAUCAUGGUGGUGUUUGACAAUGAGAAGAUCCCUGUGGAACAGCUGCGAUUCUGGAAGCAUUGGCAUUCUCGUCAGCCCACAGCCAAACAACGGGUCAUUGAUGUGGCGGAUUGCAAAGAAAACUUCAAUACCGUCCAGCAUAUUGAGGAAGUGGCUUACAAUGCCCUGUCUUUCGUGUGGAAUGUGAACGAAGAAGCCAAGGUAUUCAUUGGAGUCAAUUGCCUGAGUACAGACUUCUCCACUCAGAAGGGGGUAAAAGGGGUUCCACUAAAUCUCCAGAUAGACACUUAUGAUUGUGGUACAGGGACAGACCGCCUGGUGCACCGAGCUGUCUGCCAGAUCAAGAUAUUCUGUGAUAAGGGUGCAGAGAGGAAAAUGCGGGAUGAUGAACGCAAACAGUUUCGGAGGAAAGCCAAAUGCCCAGACUCCAGCAACAAUGGCCUCAAGGGCUGCCCACUCUCUAAUUUCCGAGGCAAUGAAACCACCUACCUUCGGCCAGAAGUUGACCUGGAGACCCAGCCUGUUCUCUUCAUCCCUAACAUCCACUUCUCCAACUUGCAAAGGAAUGGCGAGGCAGCUCCUAUGGCUGGUGGAUUUUCUCUCCUUGCUGCCCUUCUGACCUGGAGCCCUCUGCCAUUCUGUCCCCUCAGGCUGCCUCUGAAACGAACCUGUUCACCCUUCUCUGAUGACUUUGACCUUCUGCCUCCCAAGCAAGCCAAGGAAGAUGAUCUACAGAGAGUCUUGUUAUAUGUCCGAAGGGAGACAGAGGAGGUGUUCGACGCCCUCAUGCUGAAGACCCCAGACCUCAAAGGGUUGAGGAACGCGAUCUCAGAGAAGUAUGGUUUUCCUGAAGAAAGCAUUUACAAAGUCUAUAAAAAAUGCAAGCGAGGAAUCUUGGUGAACAUGGACAACAAUAUCAUACAGCACUACAGCAACCAUGUGGCCUUUCUGCUCGACAUGGGAGAACUCGAUGGCAAAAUUCAGAUUAUCCUCAAGGAACUAUAG